AACAUUUAAUGGUUACCAUAAACCAGGUAUCUCCUACAGACAGUCGAUUGAUUCUUUUCGAAAGUUACUUUUUUGUUUUCCGGGCUGAUUGUUUUGUAACAAGAAUACUUCUAUGGAAAUCGAAGAAUCGGAAUUUUGUAUAGACUAUAACUUGAGUUCGAAUUUUUUCGGCCAAGUUUCGUUGUUGCGCAGUCAGUUAACACAAUAGAAUUCCCGUUUAACGGCAUUCGUAAUGGUUUCCUGUUUACAGUGUUUUAUUAACUUUUACAGUGUUGAAUGUGGACCGAACAAUUAUCUUUGGACAUUGAUCAUUGACUGAAGGCAUUGCCAGUGUUUGUGGGAUUGUGUUCUGGCUUGACAUGCCCAUUAAAAUUCAUGUAGAGUUCUGGAUACGAUCCAAAUUCCGAUAAUUUGAACUCUUCUUCGCAUGACUGGAAUACAUGAAUCACACUCUUGCGCCGAAUGGUCUGUCUUGUUAAGUGGAUACUGUAGCCAGUUGUUGCCAGUCGUCAGUCAAAAGCGAAAACGAUUGCGGUGGAAUUGAUCCCCAGCCUGGAAAAGUGUUCCCAGCGAAAAUGGCGAAAGAUCCCGAUCGCGCCCGGGAACCUGUUUAUGUUAUUGCAAAGUACGACUAUAAUGCCUCCAGUGACCAGGAAUUGUCGCUGAGGAAAAACGAGAGGUUGCGUCUUGUGGACGAUUCAAAACAAUGGUGGAAGGUGGAAAAUGCCAAAUAUCAGAGCGGCUUUGUGCCCUCUAAUUAUGUCAAAAAGGAGAAGCCUAGCUUGCUCAACAGUCUAAAGCGGCAUGUGAAAAAGAAAACAGCGGAUAUGAAAAUUAAUCAUAUUAGUGCACCGAUUCCGCCUGCACAGAGUUAUCUACUCGGACCUCAUCCCAACGGCGUACCGAACCGGCCCUUUGCCGCUCUUGUCAAGUUUAAUUACGAUCCCUCAAAGGCUGAUGAACUGCAAUUGAAAAAGGGUGAAUAUAUUCUGGUAAUUGAAAAAUCGCACGAUGGCUGGUGGAAAGGCCAGAAUAAAGCCAACAGCGCCAGGGGCUGGUUCCCAUCCAAUUAUGUCAAGGAAAUGCCACACGUCAAUGAUGCGCUGGCGGCUGUCGAACCUGACAACAGGGCGGAACCCGUUACAUCAUACGCUCCGUCCGACUCCCCAAACCCUAAUGAGCACUUUGUGCAGGCGUUGUACUCCUACACAGCACAGAGUGCCGAUGAAUUGACCUUCGAGAAGAACGAGCGCUUGCUCGUGUUUGACGCACCGACCAGUGAGACCAACUGGUUUCGUGCGAGGAAUGAGCGGGGAGAAAUUGGCCUGGUCCCGCGGAAUUACGUUGAAGAUAUCUACUUGGACACGGUGCCGGUCCUGCGUCAUUCGGGUGGUCAGAAUGGUGAAGAGAAUGUACCAGAAGAAUUGAUGGAUGAAAUGAGUGCCAUGCAUUUAAACGGAACCACCAACGGACGCAGCAGUGAUCCGACGGUAGUGUACGAUGAUUUCGUGGACCGUGGUACUUUACACAGUAAGCUGUGGUACUUUGGGCGGAUUUCCCGACAGGACUGUGAUAGCUUGUUGAAUGCGUAUGGCGACGACGGAGACUACCUGAUUCGCGAUAGUGAAACCGGCAACAAAGCUGAUUUUUCGGUAUCCCUUAAAGCGUCGCCUCGGAACAAACACUUUCGGGUAUACGUGAACGCUGUAGAGUGCCACCUGACGAUUGGCCAACGCAGAUUCAAUAGUCUGGAAGAGAUGAUUAGGCAUUAUGAGAGACAUCCGAUCUGUACGAACAAUGACGGACGGAAGCUGACGCUGAAUCGCCCGUUGAAUGCCCCACGGACUGCCGUGGUGCCCGCUUGAGAUAGGGAGCUAUUUGACGCGUUUUAUAUUGUUUUAUUUCGAUCGAUUUCAUGGUUUGUAAAUGGUUAAUUUUGGCGGAAGGUUUUUUUUGUAAUUCGCCUCGGCUUUUGCCAUGUUAUGUUAUGGUUGAUGCAGUUGGACUUGAGUAACGUGCUGUGGAAGUUGCUUAUGCUGAGCCAUUCGCUUUUGAAUGUGUGACACUUGGGAAGCGAAAUUAAAGCAUCCAGUGAUUGUGA